GCCCUCUCGCGGGUCCGGUUCCCGUGGGGCGGUGGAGCGGCCGUGCGCCUCCUCGGGCCGUGACCCCGGGGUCUGGCGCGGGGUGGGACGGGGAGGACAGGUUUGCGCAAAAUGUGCCGGGGCUGCCCGGGAGAGGAGCGGCGGCCGCGCUGAGCCAGUUCCCAGGACAGAGCCAGACAAGAGGAGGCAUUCAGUAAAGAGCCAUGAGCCACCGGAUCCUGCUGCUUCUGGCCGUGCUGACCCUGGGCCUGGCUACCUCCCAACACCGAGACAAGGUGCCCUGUAAGAAGGUGGACAAGGAAGUCUUGUGCCGGGGCCUUGGCCUACUCCAGGUCCCCUCGGUGCUCCCACGGGACAUCGAGGUCCUCGACCUGUCUGGGAACCAGCUGCGGAGCAUCCUGGCCUCGCCCCUGGGCUUCUACACAGCGCUUCUUCACCUGGACCUGAGCGCCAACGAGAUUAGCUUCCUCCAGCCAGGGGUCUUCCAGGCCCUGCCCCACCUGGAGCACCUCAACCUGGCCCACAACCGCCUGGCAGUGGGCACGGCGCUGAGCACUGGGGGUCUGGGUCCCCUGUCACACCUGACGUCCCUGGACCUGUCUGGCAACAGCCUGUACAGUGGCCUGGCGGAGCGGCUGCUGGCGGAGGCGCCCGCCCUGCGCAGCCUCUCGCUGGCGGAGAACAGCCUGACGCGCCUGGGCCGCCACACCUUCUGGGGCACGCCCGCGCUCGAGCGGCUGGACCUUCACAGCAACGUGCUGAUGGACAUCGAGGACGGAGCCUUCGAGGCCCUGCCCCACCUGGCACACCUCAACCUCUCCAGGAACUCCCUCACCUGCAUCUCCGACUUCAGCCUCCAGCAGCUGCGGGUCCUAGACCUGAGCUGCAACAGUAUCGAGGCCUUUCAGACGGCCCCGGAGCCCCGGGCCCAGUAUCAGCUCGCCUGGCUCGACCUGCGGGAGAACAAACUGCUCCACUUCCCCGACCUGGCCGCACUUCCGAGACUCGUUUACCUGAACGUGUCUAACAACCUCAUCCGCCUCCCUGCGGGGCCGCCCCAGGGUGGCGAGGGCCUUCACGCGCCUUCCGAGGGCUGGUCCGCCUUGCCCUUCUCUAACCCCGGCCGCAACGCCAGCACCCAGCCCCUCUCUCAGCUCUUGAAUCUGGAUCUGAGCUACAAUGAGAUUGAGCUCGUCCCCGAGGGCUUUCUUGAGCACCUGACUGCCCUGCGCUUCCUGAACCUCAGCCGGAACUGCUUGAGGGCCUUUGAGGCCCGGCGCGUGGGCUCCCUGCCCUGCCUCACACUCCUGGACAUGAGCCACAAUGCGCUGGAGACGCUGGAGCUGGGUGCCAGGGCCCUGGGGUCUCUGCAGACGCUGCUCCUACAGGACAACGCCCUGCGGGACCUGCCCCCGUACACCUUCGCCGGCCUGGCCAGCCUGCAGAGGCUCAACCUGCAGGGAAACCGGGUCAGCCCCUGCGGGGGCCCAGGUGAGCCUGGACCUGCGGGCUGUGUGGCCUUCUCUGGCGUCUCCUCCCUCCGUGUCCUGAACCUGGCGGACAAUGAGAUGGAGACGCUCCGGGCAGGUGCCUUCCUCCACACUCCGCUGACCGAGCUGGACCUCUCCGCCAACCCUGGGCUGGAUGUGGCCACAGGGGCCUUGGCGGGCCUGGAGGGCUCCCUGGAGGUCCUGGCCUUGCAGGGCAACGGGCUGGCCAUCCUGCAGGUGGACCUGCCCUGCUUCAGCUGCCUCAAGCGGCUCAAUCUGGCAGAGAACCGCCUGAGCCGCCUGCCUGCCUGGACGCAGGCUGUGUCCUUGGAGGUGCUGGACCUAAGGAACAACAGCUUCAGCCUCCUGCCGGGUAGUGCCAUGGGCGGCCUGGAGACCAGCCUGCGGCGCCUCUACCUGCAGGGGAACCCCCUCAGCUGCUGCGGCAACGGCUGGCUGGCGGCCCAGCUGCACCAGGGCCGUGUGGACGUGGACGCCACCCAGGACCUGAUCUGCCGCUUCGGCUCCCAGGAGGAGGUGUCCCUGAGUCACGUGCGUCCUGAGGACUGUGAGAAGGGGGGGCUCAAGAACGUCAACCUCAUCAUCAUCCUCACCUUCGCCCUGGUGUGUGCCAUCCUUCUCACCACGCUGGCCACCUGCUGCUGUGUCCGCCGGCAGAAGUUCAACCAACAGUACAAAGCCUAGAGAGGCUGGGGGCUACAGACCAGCUCUGUCGGGGGACCCUGCCAGGUCAGUGGGGGAGCCAGAGGCAUGAAGAAGGGUGGGGACUGACCCAAGGUUAUCCAGUGAGCCAGGAUCCAAGAAGCCUGGUCUCUCGGUCCCAGCCCAAGGCUCCUUUCCCUGUAUCCUGCUGCAUCAGUAGGUGACCCACUUCACAGGGCACACAUGUGGUCCAGCUGUGGAAGCUGGAAGGUGGGCAGCUGCAGGAGUGACAGAGUGUAAGGUUGACCCAUCGGAUCAACACAUCUUCACCAGGCGUCCGUUUUGUGCCACACCCUGCCCUGGGCACUGGGGACGCCAGGGAAUGAGACACAUCCCUGCCCUCAGCAUCGCCCAGUCUGCGUGGGCAGGUGGUUGCAGUGACCACACAGAGUGUGGAAGCCAGGGCUCCAAAGCUCUGCAGCCCCAGCUGGCUGAGUGUGGAUAGUUCUGACCCUGCUGGGCCAGGGUAAGAGAGAGGCAACGCCGACCAGGAGGAUUUGUCUGAGAGGCGUCCAAGCAGACUGCUUGUCACAUCUUCUGAUAAUGACUUUCAGCUUCUCUGGAACAUAAAAGGCUUGUGACCGGAAGAGAGCUGGAGCCACUUGAGUAAGGCUCGGAUCCAGUGCUAUCAGGCGGGCUGCGGCAGCUCCAGCAGGGCCUGGUUAAGAGGCGGUCUCCCUGGGCUCCAGCCCAGCACUGGCCCAUUCCAUUUCCUGCUCCGGGCAGGCUCUUCCCCUACCUGGCACUCUCGUGUUGCACACACCAGCCAAGAUACUGCCCUAGCCCCACUACUCCCUGCCCAGGCCCCCUGCUCCAUCCCAGUCCCACCCUGGCUGCUGAGCCAGGAGUCAGAACCUCAGGUAUCUGGUUCUCUUUUGCGCCACACUUGGCAGUGGUGACAAGCCCAAGCCUGCAUCUGCCUCUUUAUGGCAACCCUCUGAGGUUGGUCUUUUAUCCCAUUUUACAAGAGGCUCCAGAAGUCUUCCUCCAGGGACCUCCAGCUAAGAAAUGCCAGAACCGAGCUCCAGACUCACAUCCUCCUGAGUCCAGAGCCUGAGCUUGGCCACUGCAGGGGCUGCGGGCUGUUAGGUGGACAGGAACUGGCCCCUCGUGGCCGGAACAAGGCCGGGGAGCAUCCUGUGCCGCGCACACCCACCCGCUCCUCUCCCUCCUCUCUCCCAGGCGGGCAGAGAGAAGAUGCGCAGCCACAGGCCCUCUCCUCCUUCUGUGCCUCAUUUUCCCUAUUCCCUCAUUUGCAGACUAGGCGGGCUCUCCUUUUUCUCUUCUUGCUCUUGCGUGCCCUCCUUCCCUCCCCCUCCUUUGAACGUAGCCUGGACUUUGAAACCAUUGAGUCCAACCUCCCUGUUGCACAGAUAGGGAGGCUAAGACUGAGGAAGAGAAUGGGACUUGCUCAGAGCUGCACAGGUCAGUGGCAGAGCCUGUGAAACAAGGUGGAUUCAGACCUCAUGGCGGGGGUGGGGGUGGGGGGCUUGGUGGUUGGACCUGAAUGGUUUCCUUCUCGCUCAGCUGUUACAUCACAAGACGAUGCUGGCUCCAAACUCUCUUACUAGUCCUCAUCAUGCAGGGACUUAUUUUUUCCCCUAGAAAAAUGGAUAGAAAAAUCCCAGCCAGAUAUAACCCCCUAUUUCUCAUACCCAUGAAAUCGUGGGCCAUCUGGGAAGAAAGGAAGCGCUGGGAUUAACCCCAGGACCCUGUGUCAUUGUCUUCACCCUCUUAUCUGUGCUUGGCCCGCACUCAGGCUCACGAUGGUGCUCGAUAAAGUGUGAGAUGAUGAAAAUGCCCCCUCUCUACCCCAUUUUACAGAUGAGAAAACUGAGGCCCAGGGCAGGUUGAGGACUCAGGGAGUCAACGGCAGAGCCGGGGCUAGAGCCUGGUGGCUUGGCCCCAGCCCGGGGCCCUGGUGGCGAGUGGGGCAGCCGGUGGGUCCAGUUCUGUGUGGGAUCAUGACCACAGGUGCUCACUGCACACAAGCACUCUUCCUCAGGCCUGGAGGGCAAGGUGUGGGCCCCUCCAUGCCUGAUCUUUGAGAACACUACACAAUGCUGCUCUCACCCCCCAGGACCCAGGCUACAACCCAGGCCUCGGGGCCAGCUCUUUGUGUAACCCACGUGAAUGUAUUAAAAAAUGAUUUUGGAGAAACA